AACUGAGACCGUGCACGCAGCGGCAGAGAGCGGCUCCGAGUCCGCACCUGGGAGUCGCGCCCGGACGCAACGCGCCCGCAGUGCCCGCUGCGCCCGGGCUGGCAUGGGGAGGCCCGGCUGAGCGCCGCACCCCACCGCCGAGACCCGCCCGCUCUUCCACGGCGGCUCGCGCGCGCACAGCCGAUGGCGAAAGCGACGUCCGGCGCCCCGGGGCUGGGGCUGAAGCUGUUUUUGCUGCUGCCGCUGCUGGGCGAAGCCCCACUAGGCCUCUACUUCUCAAAGGAUACUUACUGGGAGAGGCUGUAUGUGGACCAGCCACCUGGCACACCCCUGCUCUAUGUCCAUGCUCUACGGGAUGCCCCUGAAGAAGUCCCUAGCUUCCGCCUGGGCCAGCAUCUCUCUAGCGCCUUCCGCACACGGCUGCAUGAGAAUGAUUGGAUCCGCAUCCAUGAGGACACUGGCCUUCUCUACCUCAACCAGAGCCUGGACCACAGUUCCUGGGAACAGCUCAGCAUUCGCAACGGUGGCUUCCCCUUGCUCACCAUCUUCCUCCAGGUCUUCCUGGGGUCCUCAACCCAGCGGGAGGGCGAAUGUCAUUGGCCAGGCUGUGCCCGGGUGUACUUCUCCUUCAUCAAUGACUCCUUCCCAGCGUGUAGCUCCCUCAAACCUCAGGACCUCUGCGUCCGGGAGACGGGCCUGUCCUUCCGCAUCAGGGAGAACAGGCCCCCCGGCACCUUCUACCAGUUACACCUAUUGCCUGUGCAGUUCCUGUGCCCCAACAUCAGUGUGACCUACAGGCUCCUGGAAGAGGAGAGUCUGCCCUUCAGUUGCAACCCAGACACCUUGGAGGUGAGCACCCGCUGGGCCCUGGACCGGGAGCUUCAGGAGAAGUAUGUGCUGGAGGCCGAGUGCAGAGUGGGCACCGGUGCCAACGAAGAGAAGGUGACUGUGUCCCUCCCGGUGACCGUGUACGAUGAGGACGACUCAGCACCCACCUUCUCCGGAGGUGUGGACACUGCCAGUGCUGUGGUGGAGUUUAAGCGGAAGGAGGGCACUGUGGUGGCCACUCUGCAUGUGUUUGAUGCAGAUGUGGUGCCAGCAUCUGGGGAGCUGGUGAGACGGUACACAAGCACACUACUCUCAGGGGACUCCUGGGCCCAGCAGAACUUCCGGGUGGAGCACUCACCCAACGAGACCUUGGCCCAGGCCAACAACAACUCUGUGCGGGCAACCAUGCACGAUUACAAGCUGGUUCUCAACCGGAGCCUCCCCAUCUCAGAGAGCCGAGUCCUGCAGCUGGUGGUCCUGGUCAAUGACUCAGACUUCCAGGGGCCUGGGACAGGUGUCCUCUUCCUCCAUUUCAAUGUGUCUGUGCUGCCUGUCACCCUGAACCUACCCAGUGCCUACUCGUUCCCAGUGAAUAGAGGAGCUCACCUUUAUGCCCAGAUUGGGAAAGUCUGUGUGGAAAACUGCCAGGAGUUCAGUGGCAUCUCCGUCCAGUACAAGCUACAUCCCUCCAGCACCAACUGCAGCGUUCUAGGCGUGGUCACCUCAACUGAGGACACCUCGGGGACCCUCUUUGUAAAUGACACAGAGGCCCUGCAGCGACCUGAAUGUGCCGAGCAUCAGUACACGGUGGUAGCCACUGACAAGCAGACCCGCCAGCAGGCCCAGGCUUCACUGCUCAUCACAGUGGAGGGGACGUAUGUUGCUGAAGAAGAGGACUGCCCCAAAUCCUGUGCAGGCAACAAGAGACGGCCUGACUGUGAGGAGUGUGGUGGCCUGGGCUCUCCCACGGGCAGAUGUGAGUGGCGUCAGGGAGAUGGCAAAGGAAUCACCAGGAACUUCUCUACCUGCUCCCCCAGCAUCAGGACCUGCCCCGAUGGCCACUGUGAUGCUGUGGAGAGCCGGGAUAUCGACAACAUUUGCCCCCAGGACUGUCUCCGUGGCAGCAUUGUUGGAGGACACGAGCCAGGGGAGCGCCGGGGGAUUAAAGCUGGCUAUGGUACCUGCUACUGCUUACCUGACGAGAAGAAGUGCUUCUGUGAGCCGGAGGACAGCCAGGGCCCGCUGUGUGACGAGCUGUGCCGCACAGUGAUCACAGCUGCCGUCCUCUUCUCCUUCAUCAUCUCGGUCCUGCUGUCCACUUUCUGCAUCCACCGCUACCACAAGCAUGCGCACAAGCCGCCCAUUGCUUCCGCGGAAAUGACCUUCUGCCGGCCAGCCCAGGGCUUCCCAAUCAGCUAUUCCUCCUCGGGGACCCGCCGGCCCUCACUGGAUUCCAUGGAGAACCAGGUGUCUGUGGACUCUUUCAAGAUCCCGGAGGAUCCAAAGUGGGAAUUUCCUCGGAAGAACUUGGUUCUUGGGAAAACCCUGGGAGAAGGAGAGUUUGGAAAGGUGGUCAAGGCGACAGCCUUCCGUCUAAAAGGCCGAGCAGGAUACACCACAGUGGCCGUGAAAAUGCUCAAAGAAAACGCCUCCCAGAGUGAGUUACGAGACCUGCUGUCUGAGUUCAACCUCUUGAAGCAAGUCAACCACCCACAUGUCAUCAAGCUGUAUGGGGCCUGCAGCCAGGACGGGCCACUUCUUCUCAUUGUGGAGUAUGCCAAGUAUGGCUCCCUGCGGGGAUUCCUCCGUGACAGCCGCAAGAUUGGGCCUGGCUACGUGGGCAGUGGAGGCAGCCGCAAUUCCAGCUCCCUAGACCACCCGGAUGAACGGGUACUGACCAUGGGUGACCUCAUCUCCUUUGCCUGGCAGAUCUCAAGGGGUAUGCAGUACUUGGCUGAGAUGAAGCUCGUACAUCGGGACUUAGCUGCCAGGAACAUCUUGGUAGCUGAAGGACGGAAGAUGAAGAUUUCUGACUUUGGGCUGUCCCGAGAUGUUUACGAAGAAGAUUCCUAUGUGAAGAAAAGCAAGGGCCGGAUUCCUGUCAAAUGGAUGGCAAUCGAGUCCCUUUUCGAUCAUAUCUAUACCACCCAAAGUGAUGUGUGGUCCUUUGGGGUACUCCUGUGGGAGAUUGUGACCCUGGGGGGCAACCCCUACCCUGGAAUUCCUCCUGAACGACUCUUCAACCUUCUGAAGACGGGCCACAGGAUGGAGAGGCCGGACAACUGCAGUGAGGAAAUGUACCGCCUGAUGCUGCAGUGCUGGAAGCAGGAGCCAGACAAGAGGCCAGUAUUUGCUGACAUUAGCAAGGAUCUGGAGAAGAUGAUGGUCAAGAGCAGAGACUACUUGGACCUGGCAGCAUCCACCCCGUCUGACUCACUGCUUUACGAUGACGGCCUCUCAGAAGAGGAGACGCCCCUGGUGGACUGUAACAGCGCUCCCCUCCCGCGCUCCCUCCCUUCCACAUGGAUUGAAAACAAACUCUAUGGCAUGUCAGACCCGAACUGGCCUGGAGAGAGUCCUGUACCACUCACGAGAGCCGAUGGCACUAGCACUGGGUUCCCAAGAUAUGCAAAUGAUAGUGUAUAUGCUAACUGGAUGGUUUCACCCUCAGCGGCAAAAUUAAUGGACACACUUGAUAGUUAACAUUUCUUUGUGAACGGUAAUGGACUCCCAAGGGGGAAGAAACAUACCAAGAGCACCAAGUCCACCGGCCCCUUUGUGCCCAUCACACUGGCCAAGACCAGCGCACGGUGGCAGACGUGUUUUCUGUAGUUGUUUUAGCUGUUUUCCAAAGUGGUUUCCCUUCAGUUUUACCAGCCGGUGGCCCUCCCUCCUGGCACACUUGCCCCACUGGGUGGGUGUUCAAGUCUCUGGUUUAGAGCCUCUUUCUCUUUAGUAUCGGGAAGCACCUCUGUUGGUCUGUUCCUCAGUAGCCACCAUGAGCUCUGUGUUCACCUGUGUGGGGUCUGCCCUUCACAACUUGUAUGAGAAAUUGUACCUGAACUGUAUUUUCCUGGUUGAUAAAAAACCCACUACGCAAAAAAAAAAGUUUCAACCUGAAGCACACAUACAACAUGGUUGAAAAAAGGCCAGAAUGGCCUGUCCUUGUUCAGAAUGAGAGCCCAGGAAGGGUCUGGGUGGCAGCAUCCGAGCCCACCAGGGCUGGAGGGGAGAAGGGGCCUCAGGGCAGUCCUCGGCUCAGCAUAGGACAUCUUCAAUAUAGAUUUUUUGUUGUGUUUUUUUUUUUAAACCAUAUAACCUUUUCUUAGGAAAACGUUUUGUUUCUGUCAUGGUUAAGUGGCUCUUAGAUUUAGCACAAUGGAGAGAUUUGGUGCUGCCCUUGCUAGGGACAAGGCAGCUUGAAAGAAGUGGCCCCCCAAGACGUAUUUCCCCCGUUGAGCCCUCUACAUCGUUCUCACACGUUCAGCACUGAGUGAGUGACUGCUGCCAGCUGACCAGAACAGGAGGAAGAAAGGGGGCAUUUGGAGUGGAGUGUCCCGCAGGCCCAGAAUUGCUGGCAGCAGAGGCCUCGAGCCACAAAGGCUGCCCCCCAGCACACCAUCCUGCAGUACAUCCCACCACCAAAGAGUGCACGCAUCUUCUGCAUCCGGGGCAGGUGGGUUUGUCUCAUUGUGAUGGGUGUCUUGUCAGCUCACGCCCAAAGGGAAGAACAGUUCAGCUAGCUGUAUUAGAAGUUGCCCCGAUAAUGGCUGAGGUGAGAGAACAAGGUUUUGGCUCUUAUAGAGCUUGUGUGAAAGGCACAUGGGUCAGCUCUUCCUGUCUGUCGUUUAUGCUGCUACGGCACGUGUUUUGGUUUCUUUGGUUCUGACCAUGACUCACCUGUAAGGUUCUUAACUUUCUGUACUGAUGGUUUGUAGCCACGGACACUCCACCCUCCUCUGGGGUGUCAGGGGUGCCUCUUAGAAGUCUCAGCAGCUCUUUCGGCUGUGUCUGGACUGUCACUUCCCAGGAAAAGGUCACAUUACCAAAACACUGCCUGGUCUUCAGACUUAAAGCACUGUGAUAGGACUUUAAGUAGUCAUAGUAAAAUACUAUAUUUUGUGGGCAUUUCACAAACACAGUAAAAUUUUGACAUUUUAUGUGGCUGAGAAUGCUCAGAUAAGUAUACCAGAUAGAGCCUUAGGAGUGUGUGAUUUUUGUGUGCACACACAGCCAGGCCAGACAGAAAGAUGAAAAAAAUGCUUAUUUAGGCAUGUAAUGUGGCUUUAGUUUGGGCCAUCUUUUUUUCAGAUACACUGUGAUAAGUUU